UGAUAAUAAUCUAUAACAACAAUAAUAAUACAAUAAAUGAAUACUUGAAUUUUGGAUUUUCAAACGUAACCGCGGCGUGGAUUAUUAAAAUAUUUUACUCUGUGUCUGGUCUGCUGUGUAUCGGACCAGCGCAAUAAUGGAUAAAACUAUGGAGAGAAAAUUUUUAAAGACCACUGUGGCCGGAAUUUUGAUGGAAAUCGGGUUUCAAGCUACAGAACCAGCCGCCUUGGAGACUCUCGUCGAAAUGCUUUAUAGUGUACUAUCUCAAAUGGGAAAUAGUAGUCGUCGUUAUGCAGAAAUAGCUGGGCGUCUUGAACCUCUCGGGGCCGAUGUUAUGAUGGGUCUAAUUGAUAUGGGUUUGUUCAAAAACGCAUCCAGUCUAUUAGCUUAUGCUAAAAGGUCAAAUCGAGCUGUUCUCCCUAGCCCUAUACCGUCUGUACAGCCCCGCCAAACAAGUAACCUACAAGCAGGAACUAGACUACCACAUCCAUCAUACAUGCCAAGUUAUAUGCCUGCUUUCCCAGAUCCUCAUGCAUACAUAAGAACACCAACACAUAAACAACCAGUUACUGAAUAUGAAGCAAUCCGUGAAAAAUCUGCAAUUCAAAAACAUGAACUUGAAAAAUCGUUAAUAAAGUUUUUAAUUAAAACUGGCCCUACUGAAAGUUUAUUUUUGAACCAAGAAAAUGAUUGCUUUGCAUUGAUAGCAAACAAGCCACAACAACCUGCAUACAUCUCAGCAUUGUUGCCUCAAGAUCAAGUAUUUGAUGAGGAUCCUGAUGAAACUGAAAUACCAGCAUCUAGUAAAAAAACUAAGUUCAAAAAAGAUAUUCAGAUCAGAGAAGAAUUUGAUGAAAAUGAAGAACAAGAAAAUGAAAAUGAUGAUGAAGACGAAGUAAACAACGGUGAUGAAACUGAAUCAAAACCAGAAGAGCCCAUUGACAACCCUUUCUUGAGACCUGUUAAAUAUCCAGCUGCUCCUUAAAAUUGUUCUAUUGAUCUUAUUGCAAUUUUCAAAUACAUUAGAAAAUAAUUUUGAUUCUAAAAAUAUAUUUUUAAAACCAAAUAUGUGAUAAAGCCUAGACCAUUGUACAUUUUGUUACAUAUCACUGUUAUUUUAAGUAAAAUAUUUUGUCCCAUAAUUAUAAUCAAUGUCUUGUAAAUAUGUAUUUAAUUUUAUACCAAAUGGCAAGGCUGGUAUACGAAAUAAGAAUUAAAGUUAAGUUACUUUUAAGUAAUUUAUAAAAUAAAUUGCUUUUUUUCUAAAGUUAUUGUAUAACUUAAAAUUGUAAAAUAUAGAGUAAUUAUUUUUUUUAA